GUGAAGGGGUUUAUAUUUGAACUUCCCCUCCAGUGAAUAACAUCACAUUAGCACACUGCUGUACACAUUACAUCGCCUGGAUCUAGAAGUGAAAGACUAUAAGGGGAUUCAAACUCCAGCUAUUACUCAGUUGAAUUCAGAUUUAAAAGAGUGAUGGAAGGUAGUUUACAGUCGUCACUGUCAGAAGAGGACUCUUCAAGCAAAGAGCGCUCUUUACCUGAGGAGGAGAAUGACCUACAGUCUGAGCAGGUGGAGGAGGCGGCACUAGUCCUCUCUGGCGAGGAGCACUUAACCCUCAUCACAGAGAGCAUGUCCAUCACCUCCUCUGAUGAGGAGAAGCUUCAGCUCCUCAACAAAAACACUGAGCUCCGGAGACUCAACAAAGAGCUGAUGAAGCUGAACGAGGAGUGGGAUCACAUCUAUCACAGCACGAGUGUGGGGCUCCAGCAGCGUGUGGCGGCUCUCGAGGAGGAGAACAGGGCCCUCAAACAGCUCAACAGCCGACUGCUGCUCAAAGUAGAACAUGAACAGAACAAGAGGGAAUAUUAUGAACAGACACUGAUGCAGGAGCUGAAGAAAAACCAGCAUCUGCAGGAGUAUGUCAGACUGCUGGAGAGCCGACUGCACCAAACAGAUCUCCAGCAGUGGACGAGAGAAUCUCAGACCUCAGAUAUCAGUAGCUCCUCAGACUCCCAGCUAGUGCAGAACUCGUCAAAGCUGUCCCUGGACAUACGGUCGAUUGCAGCACUUCCUCCAUCACUGGGCACAAAGUCCAGUCUCAGACUGGCUAAGAUGGGACUGGAGACGCAGUCUGACCCUAUGAGAGAGGUUCGAGAUCUUAAAGAACAGCUGGAGGCGCUGCGGUGUCAGACUCAAAUCUACGAGGCUGAUUAUAAAACAGAGCAGAAGGACCACGAGCGCAUGCUGCAGGAGAACAAGCGUCUGCGGCGCAGAGAGGCGGACAUGCGUCAGCAGAUGAUGCUGCUGCAGGAGCAGCUGAAGGUGUAUGAGGAUGAUUUCCAGAAGGAGCGCUCAGACAAACGCAUUCUCCAGAGACUGCUGAUGAAGAAAUCCCCAGCCGAGAAAGACCCGGUUCUGGUGCACCGCUGCAACAACGAGCAGGACCGGCCCAGAUCAGACCGGAGGAAGCCCAGAGAAGAGCAGCGCGGAGGAUACGUCUGUCCCAAACACUGUGAGCAUCACGGCCAGCCGGACUUCCCCUGAACACAGACAGAGACACAACACAUUCAUUCAUUCAGCAUAUAAAUGAAAUAUACACAAGCUAGAUUGUAUCUUUAAAACAGUUACUUUUUAACAGCUUUAUUUAUAUGAGGAACUUUUUUUAUUAUUUUAUUCUUUCAAUUUGUUGAAAGGAUUGUUGUUUGUACAGUGUGUGUAAACGGUGCACUUUUGUCUCUGUAUAAAUCAGUCUGAAGCACUUUCACUGCCUGAAAACAUGAAACUCAAACAAUCCGUGUCAGACAGUAAAUAAUGGAGUCUUUAAAAGACAGUAUAUUUGGCCUUGUCAAUGUGUCAAAAAAAAAAACACAUCCUAUAUUAUGAGGAAACGAUUUAAGAUGUUUCUGCACCAAAAAGCUAAAAAAAAAUAGUAAUGACUAACUGUUAUGUUUGUUUAGUUUUCCCAGGAAAUUUGCUCAGUUGUGCUCUCACUCUACAUUGUCCAUGUUAUAUAGGUCAGGUUUUUAUUAUCAUUAUUAUUAUGCAUUAAAAAUGUCCUUAUAAAUACUUCAAUUAAAUUUCAACUACAUUGUUUCAAUAAAAUAUAUUAACAACAUAGAUGU